AUGUCGUGGAAUCCCUUGAAGCUGCUUAGAGGAGGAGGGAGGAUCUUCUCCAGUGUGUUCACAAAGGAAGGGAACGAAGCCAAAUACAGCAGGAGGGGGCGACCGCAGAUCGGAGUGGACGUUGACUUCAAUACCGCAGUCUUGAUCGCCUUGCUCAGCGUCGUUCUGUUCUCCUUCUCCCUCCCUCUGCUGUGGGGGCAGGCUGCCACCCUAUCCCAGUCCUUCUGGCUGAGCAGGAUCGUCUUCUUCCGCAUGCUGGGCCUCGUCUACUUGGUUGCCUUUGCUGUGGCCUUGUUUCAGAACAGCGGGCUGUUAGGAAGCAACGGGCUGCUUCCUGUCGACUUAUACUUGAAGAGGGUCAGGAGGAUGAACGACUGGCCGGAGCAGGGAUGUACCUGGAACAUGCUUAACGAGUACCCCACCCUCCUCUGGCUCGCCAAACCGGACCAAGUGGAUCGCUGGAUGUCCGGUAUGGCAGCGACGGGGAUGUGCCUGUCGCUUGCGGUCAUGGUGGUUGGAGGGAGCAACGUGCUGGUUCAGCUGCUGCUGUGGACCAUGUACCACUCGAUCAACACGGUAGGACAGCGGUGGUACAGCUUCGGUUGGGAGUCUCAGCUGCUAGAGACCGGCUUCAUCUCUAUUUUCAUGUCUCCCUUGCUCUGCUGGUCAGCUCUACCUCCUGGCUGCCCGACGCCAUGGGUGUGCGUGUGGGCGAUGCGGUGGCUGACGUGGCGGAUCAUGCUGGGAGCUGGUAUGAUCAAGAUCAGGGGGGACUCCUGCUGGAGGGACUUGACGGCAAUGUGCUACCACUACGAGACGCAACCAGUCCCCAACCCUUUCAGCUACUUCCUCCACUUCAGUCCUGUGUGGUGGCACAAGUUUGAGACUAUGAUGAAUCACAUUGUGGAGCUCCCCCUGCCGUUCCUGAUCUUGCUCCCUGUGACUGCCCUCGUUGUGUUUGGGGGGAUGGUGCAGAUCUUGUUCCAGAUUACUCUUAUCCUGUCGGGCAACCUGAGCUUCUUGAACUGGCUGACUCUCAUUCCUCCCAUCUUGUGUCUCAAUGAUAACUUCUUGAGCUUUCUGUUUUCUGCGGAGACUAUCUCGCAGGACUACCUCACAGGCAUUUACUUUGCCCUCUGCGCGCUUCUUGUUUAUCUCAGUGCUCCUGUUGUUCAGAACAUUCUCUCGAAGAAUCAAGUCAUGAACACAUCCUUCGGCUCUUGGAAGCUCCUCAACACCUAUGGAGCUUUUGGCUCCAUAACGAGAGAGAGAGAAGAAGUUGUGAUAGAGGGAACCUAUGCCGAUCUAGACGAGGAGGAUGAGGAGAAAGUGGAGUGGAAGGAGUAUCUCUUCAAAGUCAAGCCUAGCGAAACCUCCCGCAGACCUCCAUGGAUCUCUCCAUAUCACUACAGGCUGGAUUGGCUCAUGUGGUUUCUUCCGUUCUCGGACCCAAGACGAAACCCAUGGCUUUAUCAUCUCAUAGGAAAAUUCCUGGACAACGACAAGAACGUUCUGCCUCUCAUACGACACAAUCCGUUCCAAGACGCAAAUCCCCCGAAGUUUGUCCGCGCUUCCUUGUAUCUUUACGAGUAUGCUCCUCCUGGCUCCGACGCUGCUGCUCGAGGU